UUUUAAAGCAAAGAAUAAUUUUUAAAAAAUUCAGAACAAAGAAAAAUCUUUUAAAAUUAUUUUAGUUUAAAAAAAUUUUAAAGUAGAUCGAGCAUCAGCAGAAGCCAUAAAUCGAGAGAAAUUUUCAUGAAAUGCAUCCUUCGAAAAUAUUUUUCUUCCUUCUCUUCGUGAUUUUAAAUCAUGAAUUUACGACAUCUGAAACCGCUAAACGCAAAUUCCCAUCGGACUUUAAAUGGGGAAUUGGAACUUCGUCAUAUCAAAUUGAAGGUGCUUGGAAUGAAGGAGGAAGAGGAGAAUCAAUUUGGGAUUACAUAACGCACACCAAUCCAAACAAAAUCCGCGACAAAAGCAACGGAGAUACGACUGCUGAUAGUUAUCGCAAUUGGCGUCGUGAUGUUGAGAUGAUACGAGAACUAGGAGUCGAAAUUUAUCGUUUUUCGAUGUCUUGGGUGCGAAUUUUGCCAUCUGGAUUUCCAGACUCGAUCAACAAGGAAGGAGUUGAGUACUAUAACAACUUGAUUGAUGAACUUUUGAAGUACAAUAUCACUCCGAUGGUCACAAUUUAUCAUUGGGACCUACCACAACGCUUGCAACAAAUCGGCGGAUGGACAAAUUCAAAGAUGAUUGAUUACUACAUUGACUUUUCACGGGUCAUGUUCGAACUUUUCGGCGAUCGAAUCAAGAUUUGGUCGACUUUUAAUGAGCCAUACUACAUUUGUCAAGGAUAUGAAGAGGGAUUUAUGGCUCCAGGUGUGGAUUUGCCCGGUAUCGGAGGAUAUUUGUGUGGACAUACCAUUUUAAAGGCUCAUGCGGAGGUAGUUCACAUGUAUCGCGAAGAGUUUCAACCGAAAUUCGGGGGUCAAAUUGGAAUAACUUUCGAUUCUUCGUGGCUAGAACCGCUAACAGAAUCCGAUAUUGACAAAGAAGCAGCAGAACGAGGCUUGCAAUUCUUCCUUGGAUGGUUUGCUCAUCCAAUUUUCAAGGGAAAUUAUCCGCCUGUCAUGAUCGAAAGAAUUGGGGAGCUCAGUAAACAACAAGGAUUCACGGAAUCACGUCUCCCAACGUUCACCGAAGCAGAAAUCGAUCGAAUCGUGAACACAAGUGACUAUUUCAGCAUUUGCAGUUACACGGGAAAUCUCGUGACAAUAGCGAAACCAAACAAUACGUACAAAGUGCCGUCAUUUUUGCACGAUAUGAACAUCGGCAGGACAAUAGAUCCCAAUUGGCCAACAAGUGGAAGCGAUUGGCUUCGUGUUUACCCGAAAGGAUUUUAUAAUUUAUUGAAAUGGAUCAGCAAAACGUAUGACAAUCCUCCGGUUAUUAUUACCGAAUCUGGAGUCAGUGACAGAGGAGGUACGAAUGACACAGAAAGAAUCAAAUAUUUUUAUAGCUAUUUAGAUGCCACUUUGGAUGCCAUUGAUGAAGGUUGCAACGUCACCGGAUACAUCGCAUGGAGUUUAAUGGACUCGUUUGAAUGGCUCGCUGGUUAUAUCGAGAAAUUUGGAAUGUAUUAUGUUGAUUACAAUGACCCGAAACGACCGAGAUAUGCAAAAGCUUCGGCAAGAGCGUAUGCUGAAAUUGUAAAAACGGGUCAAAUUAAUUGGAAUUUCUGGCCUGAUCCGGAAAUUUAUAUUCCAGCACCGGGUGCGGGUUUAAAACUUAAAGAAAUGAAAUUUUUCGUGUUUUUGAGUAUUUUCGCAACUUUAUAUUUUUAUUUUUAAUAAAAAAUCAUAAAAAUUAGGUUUUUUUGUUAAUUUAUUUUUUUAUUUACUUUAAAAUUAUUUCACUAGUACAUUCU